AUGAAAAACAAGAAACAGCGUGACUUCACCAAGAAAAAGGCAAGAGUGGGACGCGAACAGUUUCGCAAACACUCAAGUAGUGAUGCAAAACUACUCGCAGAUGUAUCUAAACUAAAGAAGACGGUGAAACUCGGAACGCAAUCUAUUAGUGUAAACAAGGAACGACUCAAUGUUACAUCGAAAAGGUUAACAUUAGCGGAAUUGAUUGGAAAAUCACGACAUACUUCAGGAGCUGUACAGAUACGUGCAUUUCUGGGUAUUAUCGAGUUUGUGCGACGUUUUGAAGAUGAUGUCACCUUGAACCUAUUCUCUAUAGUACAAGUAGCCGGUGCGGGGCUUACAAGCUCAAACGACGGCGUGCGCCAACAAGCCCGGACGUUACUUGUUGCUUUAUUUGACCAGAUAAAGGGGGCUAGUGGGUCAAAAUGGUCGAGUAACAAGUGUACAGAGAAUCUGGUAUAUUACAUUCUAAGAGGGGUAGUACUAUCGGAUAACGGUGUCAGGGCAGAUGUCCAUCGUACCAUAACAGCUAUUAUGGAGCGGUUGCCAUCGAUAUUGGCGGAACAUGUUGAAACACUUCUAGAUAAGCUAGUCCGGCAUGCUCCAGAAACUCCAACAGUGACACACAUGGACUGUUUACUUUCACUAUCCAAGUUCCAAAGCGAUCCUGGUACAGGGUCGACCACGGCAUUAGUAGACUACCUUUGUAAGGUACUAGAUUAUUGUAUGAUCGCCGGAUCUGAUGUAAUGUCAGAAUUGGAGUGCCUAACUAUCGCAUCGAUGACAGUGAAAAGCCUUAAGUUAAUAUCGAUGAAUGUCGAGUGGGUAACACCCGAUGACACAAGGUUAAUUCGAGCGUUGCUAUGUUGUAACCUUCAUGAGUACGAAUCUUUAACCGAACGUGGUACAGAGACUUUUGAGUCUCUUUUUAAGGAGUUUGUCCUUUACCGUGCAGAACUUGGUCUAAAAUGCGCCAACCUCUUUACAAAAUAUCAGCUCAUCAUGCUGGUGCCAAUAAUACAUUUGUACCUGAUGCGAGAGUCCCUGUCGUACGGUUAUGCGCCAAGGAUCGCAUAUAUAAUACUCACCGCCAUGGCUAUUGACAAAGAUCAAUUUAACACACAAGAUGUUUCUAACCUCAAAUCACAAUGGUGCGAAGAGAUAAUCCAGACCCUGGUGGGAGAAGAACCGUUAUUUCAAGAACUACGCUCCACUUUACAACGGAGAGUAACCAACCUAGGAAAACGUAAAAAGAUAUUCGGGUCGAAUACCGAAUCAACUGCAGUAUCUGGAGCCUUAAUGUAUCUUCGAGAUACGUUUGUUACUAUUUGUCGAAGGUUAGCUGAAGCUAUAAUGGGCCGAGUAGAAAUUCUUCCUAUAAUAGCAAUCGCCAGUGGUGUUUCUCCCGCCGUGUUAUCAGACGCCUUUGACAAUACGAAGGAUGGUUCAAAGGGGUUCGAGUUCCUCGCCAAACUUCCUAUCGACUUUGAAGUACAAGAUGAUUUCUCUCUGGACUGCAAAGGCGUGCUACAACAAUUGAUAGGUACUAUGGAAGGCCGUCCAACGACGCAACAACUACUCUAUACCUUAGUAUACACAUCAAAGUCUGCUGAGAAGUUCCCGGAGAGUGAUUUUAUUAACUGCUUUUUACAAAAGGAACGGUUGGCUACCCUGGACGAUGAAGAGAUCCAUCUGGUGGCACGAGCGGCGCUUAACUGCUCGAAUUCAGCUGAAGUUACUAAGAAGUUGCUAGAACUGAUCAAAGAACGUUUAUGUGACAGUACUAUAUGCUCAUAUCCAGGUGCUGUAAAUUUGAUAGGGGUGCUGAUACAUCACAUGUUCGCCAGUGGCGACUCUGCUCCAUUGUCAAGUGACAUAGGUAUCGAUGAGCAUCUAGAGCCCAUGAAACUGCUAAUAUCAAACAUAAAAACGGUUUGUCCUAUAUUAGAGAAGAGGAUAGAUAGUGAUCUUCUCGAUUUAAUGGAAAAACUCUUCUCUCAAUGCCUUUACAGGACCAUUGAGAUGCUAGUCACAAGCCAAAGCAACAACAUUCAUUAUGUUGAAGAUGCUCAUAAAAUUAUAACGCGUCGUUGUUUGCAGCCUGUUUGUGAGCAUUUAGCGGUCACGGGAUUGUAUAACAUGGCGAUAUGUCUAAUAAGUUCUACAACGAUACCGCCGCAGAAACCAAGACAGCCGUUGGAUGGUGUAGUGCCGCCUAUGAAAGUAUGGCCAGAAUGGUUACAGAAGCUUGUUAAAUUCGACUUCGUUGCAGAAUCUCCGGAAGCCCUUAUAAAUAGGCUCCCUGUAGGCACCGGAGAUGAAACUCCAGUUGCUAAAUUAUGUGCAAAUACAGCUCGUAUUUUAAUCGUUGGACACGAAGGUAAAUUCGGCCAUGAGUUCCUAGAAUUUGAAAUACUUGAUGACGGUCACUUGAAAUAUACAAAUAGCUCCAACUAUCGUAAGGAUAAUGUAAUAAAGAGGGAAGCAUAUGUGACAAGUGCCGUCAUAGGGGAGCUAAAACGCAUCAUCGAUGACUCUGAAAUAACUAGUGAAGAUCACAGUGAUUGGCCUAUACCGGAUCGUGUUGGCCGUCAGGAACUAGAACUCAAGUUAGAUGGAAAACAUUUCACAUACUCAACAUCAAAAAUAGGUUCACUUGCUGACGUACAGAACAGCAAGGAUCCUAAUGGAUUGAGGGUAUUCUAUUAUCUCGUGCAAGAUCUAAAGUGUUUUGUUUUAUCACUUAUAACACUCGGUUUUAAGAUAAGGCCCAUUUGA